AAAUUGACCUUUUGGAAGAGCUUCAAGAACAAGUAGUUUCGGGGUCAGUGACAGGAGUUGAUAUUUUACCUCAAUAUGGCAGUAACGCAUUUGGAGAUGUUUUCGUCUUCGACCGCCAAGAUAGUAAUAGUGUCGUGAGAAUGGGGAAACACGUUCUAAAGCAGGUAACCAAGGAGAUUCGGAAACAGGAUGAGGCAUUUAUUGUCGGUCGCUUGAGGUUGAGUGACAAGUCUCCAGGGGGUGUAAUAAUUGGAAUAUACUCGAAGAAAAGUGAAGAGAUUUAUCUAGAACUAAUGGUGGGCGGUGAAAAUGCUUUAAAUACAGCUACUUUCACGUAUUUGACCUCUGAUGGACAGACGUCGAUGGUUUUUGAGGGUCUCAGUCUAGCAGACGACCGUUGGCAUUCAAUUAUACUUCAUCUAAAAGAUCUUGAAAAAUCAGAAAAUGGCAUAGAUUUAUAUGUGGACUGUUCUCUUGUUGCGACUGACGUCACUGAAUCACCCAUAUCACAGCACAUUCCUAAGAAAGUAUGGCAGGCUGAAUUUUACCUUGGACAAAGAGAACCCAGUGGACUAUUUACUUUUAACGGUAGCCUACAAGGCUUACAUGUUGUCUUCGGUACAGAUAUAAAUUAUGUUAUAGAGAGUUCCCAGUGUGCUAUGUUGUCAGAUACAAAUUAUAUAUCCGGAUCCUAA